AUGACCAUGUCAUCCUGGCCCAAUAGUAACGAGACCUCGGACGACGAUGACGAGUUCAUGAGCGAGUUCAGCAGCAUGCAGAUGGAGUCUUUUCAAACUCCUGACACUGUGAUAGACCCUAGCUUCUGUGGGCUUGUGACAGAAUCUGACAGAAGGCGCAUCUUGCACAGGCAGAGGGCAGGCAAGUUUGUGGCAUUUGAAGGCACUGACACUGGCAGGAGAUUCAUAGGAUGUGCUACUGAGGAGGGUGUGAACUGUGGUGUUCUGGAGUGGGUAGAUGCCCCCUGGCCUAAGGAGCUUGAUUCUCUGGCCAAUCAGUAUAGCCAGCUGGUGGAUGAUGUGUCCAAGUUGUUUGAUUAUCAGGAUGGAAUGAAAUCUCAUGACAUGGAUUGCACAAGCCAGGCAAUCAAUGAACUGAAGGAGAAGAAGAAGCAACUUGAGGAGCAGGCAAAGAUUGAGCUUCAAAUGGAGAAGCUUAAGCUCAAAAAAGAACAGACGUGCAUCCUUCAGAGUCAAGCUAAUAUAAUCCAAAACACAAGGAAGGCCAUGAAGGAGAUAGAGGUGGACAGAGACCUCCUUAAAGAAGAGAAGAAGAAGCUGGAGAAUGUCAUUGCUGAGCUCCUGAAGGUUGGUCAUGGGUGCAAGGAAAAGUUGGACAAGAUCAAGGAAGUUGUGAUGGAGGAGUGA